AUGGGUAACGUGAACGCGAGAGAAGACGCGAAUAGUAACAACGCAUCUGCGGUUGAAGACGACGACGCUCGUGAAGCCAUGUCCGCCGCUUCCGACGGUAACCACCACGCCGCACCACCUGAGCUCAUGGGUCAAUCCCCUCCUCACAGCCCUCGCGCCACCCAAUCCCCUCUCAUGUUCGCUCCUCAGGUUCCGGAGCUUCCACUUCAAAGACCAGAUGAAAUCCACAUCCCAAACCCAUCGUGGAUGCAAACUCCAUCUUCAUUGUACGAAGAAGCUUGCAACGAGCAAGGCAUCCCAACGAUGAUCACUUGGUGCCACGGAGGCAAAGAAAUCGCCGUUGAGGGAUCAUGGGACAAUUGGAAAACAAGAAGCCGUCUGCAGAGAUCUGGUAAAGACUUCACGAUAAUGAAAGUGCUUCCUUCAGGCGUCUAUGAGUACAGGUUCAUUGUCGAUGGACAGUGGAGGCAUGCCCCUGAGCUUCCCAUGGCUCGAGAUGAUGCUGGAAACACUUUCAACAUCUUGGACCUCCAGGACUAUGUGCCUGAAGACAUUCAGAGCAUAUCUGGAUUUGAGCCACCGCAAUCACCAGAGGCUAGUUACAGCAACUUGCUUCUUGGACCUGAUGACUACUCCAAAGAACCGCCUGUGGUUCCACCGCACUUGCAGAUGACGCUGCUGAACUUGCCUCCAGCGAACCCGGACAUUCCAUCUCCGUUGCCGAGGCCUCAGCAUGUCAUUCUCAACCAUCUUUACAUGCAGAAGGGCAAAAGCGGUCCCUCUGUGGUUGCCCUUGGUUCCACUCACCGGUUUCUUGCAAAGUAUGUGACUGUUGUGCUCUACAAGUCCCUGCAGAGGUGA